AUGGAGGGCAUUCGCGCGGAGGAGGCAAUGGGCAGCCCGGGUGCCGGCGCGCGCAGCGGCGGCCGCGGCCCAGACGGUCUCCAGGGCUGCCAGCAGCGGCGCAGGACGUGCCCGGGCGCCCUGCUGCCCUUCCGGGUGCCCCCCGGCGGCGCGCCCCGGGCGCCGCCGCCGUGGCAGCACCAGGUGCCCAGGAGGCCCGCCGAGACGGCCCUGAGCGUGGGCGCGCCGGCCGCCGGGGUGCCGAUGCAGAUGUCGCCGCCCCGCAGCCGGGCGCAGCUUCCUCCGCCCGCCUACGCCGCGUCGCCCCUCAAGGGCCGCCAGGCCGCCGCGGCGCAGCAGCCGGCCGCGCCGCUGCUGCCAAUGGGCAUGUCGCCCACGCGGUGUCGGCCGCCGCCGCAGGGGCAACAGCAGCAGCACGCUGCCCCGCCGCCGUUGCCCUCGCCGGUGCCCGCCGGCCUGCGGGCGCAGCCGCCGCCCCACUCGCAGAGCUUCACGCUCGCCAGCAGCCCGGCCCCGCACCAGCAGCAGCAGCAGCACCAGCCGCCGAGGCCGCCGCAGCAGCAGCCGCCGCAGCCGCAGCCAUCGCCGACGCAGCCCCAGCUGGCAGCAGGCCAGAAGCCGGGCGUGGCCGCGACGCUGCCCCCCAGCAUGGCGCAGCCGCUGCAGUUGGCGGCGCAUUCGGGGCCGCUGAGGGCCGCGCCGCAGGUGCCGCAGUCUCCCCCGGCGCAGGCGCCCCCCGUCGCACACGCAACGCCAUCGCAGCCGGCGCCGAAGCAGCAGCACCAUCAGGCGGCUCAGCCGCAGCCCGUGCCCACCCAGCACCAGCUCUCCCAGUCGCAGCCGUCCUCCCAGGAGGGCGCCGCCGCGCCGCCCGGGCCGCUGCAGCCGCAGCAGGCCGGGGCCGAGGGCAGGCCGCGGGUGCCGCCGCUGAAGUCCAUCAGCCUCACGAAGCCGCCGCCGGAGCUGCCCGCCGCGCUCGUGGCGGACUUCCAGGACGAGAACGAGCUGCUCGGCGAGGGCGCGUUCGCGGUGGUGUGCAGACUGCGGCACCGGCGGACGGGGGACCCGGUGGCUUUGAAGGUGGUAGAGAAGUACCCUCUGCACAUCCGGAACAUGCUGCCGCAGUUGCAGCGCGAGGUGAGGAUCCAGGGCAGCCUCCAGCACCGCCACAUCCUGCGCCUGCUGACCUGCCACGAGGACGACGCGUACGUCUACAUGGUGCUGGAGAACUGCGCCGGCGGGUCCCUGCGCAGCCUGUGCGCGGCGCAGCCCGGCCACCGCCUGCCCGAGGCGCGGGCUGCGCGGUACUUUGCGCAGAUCCUCCAGGGCGUGGACUUCAUGCACCAGCGGAGCUGCGUGCACCGGGAUCUGAAGCCAGAGAACAUGCUCCUCACUGGCGACGACGAGGCGGGGCGCAGGUUCGGAGCCAGGGAGCGUGGCUUCCGGAGCCGAGGAGCGAACGAGGACCGCGCGCUGGACCUCGAGUUCAAGCACGUCGUCGAGCAGCACAGCAAGUACGUCAGGAUGGACGCAGAGCAGGUGCAGGCGCAGCUCGAGGCGCGCCGUGGCGAGCUCACUCGGCAGCUCGAGGCGGCGCACCAGGACGUUCGAGCGGAGGUUCAGAAACAGUGCCCGGAGGCGGCCAACGAAACGAGGCGGCUCCGGGAGGCCAGCCGUGAUCUCGAGGCGGAGAUCCAGCGCUCCAUCGGCAACAUCCCGCAGGCCAUCGAGCGCAUGGGCGACAAGAUUACGCAAGGAUACGUUUACUCGACCGCUUCGCUGCGGCAAGACUGCGAGCCCGCGAGGAUGCUGGAGAAGUACUUCCACUUGGUCAUGCACUACAUGUGGAAGGAACGCGAACUGGGCUUCCAGGAUCGUGUGCAAUUCCGCGUCGUGCUAAGAAACAUGCUUAUGCUGCUCCUGCGGGUCGACAGCCUUCCCAAGAUCCUCCUCGUCGUGUUCCAGAAACUUGUUGAACUACAGAAGAAGAUUGACAAGCCUGUGGCGUCUCCUGGUCAGCGUGGUCAAGCUGAUGCAAGCAAGCAGCUGGAGAUCUCUGUGGCCAACUGCAAGGACAUCCCUGGUUAA